AACAGGAUUUCCACUAGAUACAAAGUCAACAUUUCUAUAUCGUAACAAUUCCUGAAAAAAAAGAAUGUCGCUUUUGGUCUUAAUUUAAGGUUAGGCUUAGCAGUGUGGUUAAGGUGAGGGUUAAAAUCAAACGUUAAAAAUAUAAAUUGUAGAAAUAGGCGGGGUUUAUGACUUUGUGGCUGUUAUAACUAUACGACCAAAAUAGAAGCCACUUUCUUGUACAGACCCAGGCUACCGGUUUGUUUCAAUUCACGCUUUGGGGCUUGAAUAAUUUCAUACGGAGAUACGCGCUAACACUGCAGCAUCAAGAUGUCGUACAUGCUACCUCAUCUCCACAACGGCUGGCAGGUCGACCAAGCCAUUCUAUCCGAGGAGGACAGAGCCCUGGUUAUUAGGUUUGGACACGAUUGGGACCCAACAUGUAUGAAAAUGGACGAGGUGUUGUACAGCAUAGCUGAAAAGGUGAAAAAUUUUGCAGUCAUCUAUUUGGUGGACAUCACAGAGGUGCCGGACUUCAAUAAGAUGUACGAGCUGUAUGACCCUUGCACUGUCAUGUUCUUCUUCAGGAACAAGCACAUCAUGAUAGAUCUGGGGACAGGUAACAACAACAAGAUCAACUGGACCAUGGAGGACAAGCAGGAGAUGAUUGACAUUGUUGAGACCGUUUACCGAGGGGCGAGAAAAGGACGAGGUCUGGUCGUAUCUCCGAAGGACUACUCCACAAAAUACAGAUACUGAUUGGUUCUUCCCAUUGCUUUGUGUGAUGCCCAAUGGGAGCAAAUCUGUCUUUUCAAUAUUAAACUUUAUGAACAGCUGGACUACAGACAGGCUCUCUUUUUAUGUUACUGACAAGUCACCUUUUUUCCAUCGCAGUUAUUAAAACCAUAAUUUGUUAUUUUA